AUGGCUCCAUCAGCAAAUCUGACUACGAAGUUGAAAGUCCAGCUGAAGCUAUCCAUUGCACGGCUGCGUAUGGUGCAGCAACGCGAUGAAGCUAUGGGGAAGACGCAGAGAAGGGCGAUGGCCCAAUUACUAGAGGUUGGUAAGAUCGAUUCGGCUAAGAUAAGAGUCGAGAAUAUCAUUCGCUCCGAUAUCACCACAGAACUCCACGAGAUCCUUGAGCUAUAUUGCGAGUUGUUACUAGCACGGGCUGGCCUCUUAGAGGGCAGCAUAUGCGAUCCUGGAUUGGAAGAGGCAGUGAAAAGCAUCAUAUACGCUGCCCCCAAGACAGAGAUUAAAGAAUUACAGCAGGUCCGCGCACUUUUGGGUGAGAAGUAUGGCAAAGAGUUCGUGUUGGCGGCUAUGGAAAAUUCAGAUCAGAAGGUCUCUGAAAAGGUCGUCAAGAAACUUAGCGUCACCCCACCUCGAGAAGAGCUUGUCCAAGGUUAUCUGGAAGAGAUUGCAAGGGCGUAUGGGGUCAAUUGGCCGAGGCGAGCUAAGGAUUUGGGGGAACCACCGGAAUUUGUGGACGACGACACGAGCAAUAGUCCAAGUGAUAGCCAAGCACAGAAGGCCUCCGAGACAUCUCUUUCUCCUGACAGCAAAGCCGCACUAGAAAGGGAAGCACUGAGUCGUGCAACACCUCCUCGAUCCCUAGGACUGGAUACUCCUGUACAUGUUAAUCCACCAAGUCCAUCCACCGAUAAUCCUCGCCCCAGAAUCACGUUGAACUCAGUGGAACUGAAACCCAGCCAGAAGAUGAUUGAUGCUGGCAUAUCAAAGAACAGCGAUAGUAAGAAGGAUGGGACGAGUGUUGACGAACUAACAGCUCGCUUUGCUGCUCUGAAGCGUUAA